UAGUUACAGAAAUAAAAAAAUCCUCUCUUUGCAGAAAAAGUUUGAUAAUAAGAAGGGUUUUUCAAGUUCGUUUAUUCAUUAUCUCUCAAAAAUUAGAAUUGCAAUGUCUACUACCAAACUCUCUCAGCAUGUUCUUACUCUCUCUAAAAAUUCUAAUGCUUCUUCUUCUCCCGCUUCUACCACUGCAAUGAUGUCCAAAGAUUUAUCAAAAGAAAAGCCAAAAGAAAAACCAAAGUCGAAACCAUGGAUACCAUUUACAACAAACUGUUGUACGGUUGAAAACCAACUGGUUUUAGGCAACUUAAGCCGGUGCAGACCAACACGAGCCGAGUUCUCUAGAAAAAUUGUCCACCAAUUCCCUUCGUUUCGUCGACUAUCAUUCUCUGAUCUUAGUUCUUCUUCGUCUACACGAGUAACCGAAGAUUUAGCUCAUAAUUUCAGCUCGGGCUUGCAUAAUUUUCAGUUAAGUGAAUUACGUGCCGUAACUCAAAACUUUUCGAGUAAUUUUUUGCUAGGAGAAGGAGGGUUUGGUACCGUUCAUAAAGGUUUCGUGGAUGAAAAUCUACGACCCAGACUGAAAGCUCAACCAGUUGCUGUUAAGUUGCUUGAUAUCGCGGGUCUUCAAGGUCACCGUGAAUGGCUGGCGGAGGUGAUAUUCUUGGGACAGCUGAGGCACCCACAUUUGGUGAAACUAAUUGGCUACUGCAGCGAAGAUGAAGAACGGCUUCUUGUUUACGAGUUUAUGCCUCUAGGAAGUGUGGAGAAUCACUUGUUUAAGAGAAUAUCGGUUUCCAUGCCAUGGAGUACGAGAUUGAAGAUAUCCAUUGGAGCUGCCAAAGGCCUUGCAUUCUUGCAUGGGGCAGAGGCACCAGUCAUAUACCGUGAUUUUAAAACUUCGAAUGUGUUGCUAGACUCGCAGAACUUCAAUGCGAAACUUUCCGAUUUUGGGCUGGCAAAAAUGGGUCCCGAAGGAUCAGAAACACAUGUUACAACUCGAGUAAUGGAAACAUAUGGAUAUGCUGCGCCAGAAUACGUGAAUACGGGGCAUCUUACAACCAGAAGUGACGUUUAUAGUUUUGGAGUCGUAUUACUAGAAUUACUAACUGGGAGAAGGUCAAUGGAAAAGUCGAGGCCUAAACUUGAGCAAAACCUUGUCGAUUUCGCCAAACCAUGCUUGACUAGCAGUCGAAGAUUACGAUGCAUAAUGGAUCCAAAGCUCGGAGGUCAAUAUUCAAUAAAGGGUGCACGAGAGAUUGCAGCUUUGGCCUUUAAAUGUGUUAGUCCGAAUCCUAAAGACAGGCCUAGAAUGCAAACAGUUGUUCAAAUUCUAGAAAGUCUACAAAAUCUCAGGGAUAUGGCGAUUACAAACGGGCAAUGGCCUGCGGCAGCAGCACCAAAGUCAGGGAGGAAUGGAGUGAAUAACGUUAGAGGGAUGAGAAGGGAUGUUCGGGCUGGGAAUUAUUGGAAGCCAUCUCCCUUGGCUCCAAGUAGAAAGGGUUGAUCGAUCUUAUGAUGAGUACUGUUUUAGACAAGAAAUGGGGUGUGUAUAAGAAAGAAGAUAAGGAUUACGAAGAUACCUUAAAUUGGAAUAUAUAUUUUCAUUAACGGGCGGCGAGUUAUAACCCCAAAGAUGUCACUAUCCAUAUACAAAAACUCCAACAAAACAAAUUGUUUACAAAAACCCCUAUAUUAGCCUU